CUUCAAAAUCACUCAUCAAAUUCAAACAUCAAAAAUUCACUCAAACAUAUCUCAAUCUCACCAUCAAAUCAAAACAGGAAAAAAAAUGUCUUUGAUCCCAAGCAUCUUUGGGCAGAGCGGGGCAAUCGACCCCUUCUCCGGCGACCUGUGGGGCCCAUUCCGCGACAUGCGCGGUGACGAGGCGUCGCAGUUCGCGGCGGCACGCAUCGACUGGAAGGAGACGGCGGAGGCGCACGUGUUCAAGGCGGACCUGCCCGGGCUGAAGAAGGAGGAGGUGAAGGUGGAGGUGGAGGACGGGAACGUCCUCCAGAUAAGCGGCGAGCGCAGCCGCGACAAGGAGGAGAAGAACGACACGUGGCACCGCAUCGAGAGGAGCUCUGGAAAGUUCCUGCGCCGCUUCCGCCUCCCGGAGAAUGUGAAGAUGGAGGAGGUGAAGGCCGGCAUGGAGAAUGGGGUGCUGACUGUUACCGUGCCGAAGGCGGAGGUCAAGAAGCCGGAGGUGAAGGCGAUUGAGAUUUCCGGUUGAGACGGCGGCGGAGUGGAGUUCGGAGGCUUGUUUUUUUAUCAGUGUGAUUGAAUAAUGAAUUUGUUGUUUGUGUUUGUAAUAUACUUCUACUUUGUAUUGCAAUAAAUAAAUUUUACUACUA